AUGCCUCGCCCCCGGCCCCCGACGACGGGCUAUGAGCGGCUCGCUCAGGCCGAUGCCCUAUCUUCCGAUUCCGAAGACGAUGGUCCCCUCACCCAGUCGUACGCCUCUCUUCAGCCGGCUUCCGGCCCUCGCUUUGCACCAAUCGCCCAGCCGCGCCCCCGCUCGGGCAUGACGACGCCGAAGCCCAUAAGCGCCGGUCCUUCUAGACCUAGGAAUCGACGUCGUGGCGGCAGCAACUCUGGCGUAGACAUCAAGGCCAUCAAUGCUCGGUUGGAGCGAUGGGCAGACGAGAUCGCUAGCCGGUUCAAACGCGCCAAGGGCCGUGGCAAGACCGGCGAGGAAGAACAUCUCGAGAUUCACCACUCGGUGUUCCAAGCACCGGAGGGUGUUCGGCCCAUUACUCCCGAGGGCUUGGCGGCGGUACAAGACGUCAUGACUAAGUCCCAAUUCGAAGAUAUCGUGCGUAGCGUCAGGCAAGCCAUUCUGCAAGGCACACACCCGCGCAUGAUCUCCCAGGGAAGCUCCGGCAGCUACUUCGCUCGGAAUACAGAAGGGAAGGUUGUGGGCGUGUUCAAGCCCAAGGAUGAAGAACCAUAUGCCGCCGGCAACCCCAAGUGGAACAAGUGGAUUCACCGGAACUUGUUCCCUUGCUGCUUCGGACGCGCAUGCCUCAUUCCCAAUCUGUCAUAUGUCAGCGAAGCCGCUGCAUACACCUUGGACUGCCAACUCCGCACUCACAUGGUGCCUUACACAGACGUUGUGUGGCUGUCUUCCAAAUCAUUUCACUACCCAUUCUGGGACCGCCGCAACUUCUACAGAAAACAAAAACCACUUCCUGAAAAGCCGGGAAGUUUCCAGGUCUUCCUCAAAGGUUUCAAGGACGCCAACGUAUUUCUGAGAGAACAUCCUUGGCCGGACCAAUAUUGGUCUGGGUUCAGAGCCAACGACCCGCAUCGCAAACGUAGGAGGAGAUGGGCAGACAACUGCCGCCCCAGCAGCGCCGCAGCACUGGAUGAUAUCGAGAGCGACGACGAAAACAGACAGGAAACCCUACCACUGGGCCCAGACAACUUUGUAUGGACCGAGUCACUGAAGCAGUCCUUUCGCGAGGAGCUCGAAAAACUGGUCAUCCUGGAUUACAUGAUGCGGAACACUGAUCGUGGUCUGGAUAACUGGAUGAUUAAGGUGGAUUGGAGCACCCAGCAAGUAUCGAUAGCGUCAGAGCCACUACAGAUGAACAUGGAGACUGGUCCGUCCGAAGAAGAUGGACCGCGGCCGGUAGACCUGAGCCAGCGAUCAGCGGCAGAAGGUCGCUCCUCGUACCCCUACAAAACUCAACAGCCUAUGAAAGCAUCGAGCCCCGUGUCAAGCUCACAGGACCCCAAGAUCACGAUCGGCGCCAUUGACAAUUCACUUUCCUGGCCUUGGAAGCACCCAGACGCAUGGCGAAGUUUCCCCUUUGGAUGGCUAUUCCUGCCAGUGGACUUAAUCGGGCGGCCGUUCUCACAAAAGACGCGGGAUCACUUCCUCCCUCUCCUGACCUCGACACAUUGGUGGAGCCAAACACAGUUGGCCUUGCGAAAAGUCUUUCAACUGGACCCCGACUUCCAGGAAAAGAUGUUUGCUCGACAGAUCGCCGUCAUGAAGGGCCAGGCAUGGAACAUUGUGGAGACGCUCAAGACGCCAGACCAUGGUCCUCUGGAACUUACACGUCGCUCCAAGGUCUGCGUCUGGGAUGACCUCGUGGAGGUUCCUGUCGCGGUUCCCAUGCGAGUAACGUCCGCCGAAAUGAUGCGUCACGAGGCAGAGUUGCGACGGUCGAUUGACGAGGGCGACAUAGGCGAUGCCAACGCGUCUACUGCGCCGCCACUGCGCGUGGACGAGGACCUGCUCGGCUUCGCCAGCCCCCCGGCCGACAUGCCUCAUCCGGGCAGGUUCGAGCUUGCGCUGAGCCCGACAGGUGAGGGUGCUCAGUCGCCAGACGAGACAUCUAUGAACGGCUCGGGGAUCCUGGCUUCGUCAGUACCGCUGGCUAAAGAUUCAACAGCGCAGCGGCCCAGAUUCUCGGGCCAAAGCCAAAGAGAAAGCUAUCACGGGUCUCGCGCUCUCAACAUGUAUUCCCCCGCCCGUCAAGAAACUCAGCAGCAACGUCGAUAUUCGUUCGCAACGGCGACAGGGCGGCGCAGCGGCAAUAGCAUCGCUCAACACCUGUAUGGUUCCCGCCCGAGCCUGGACUACGAUGAAAACGAUGUCGAGGAGGGCGACCUGGGCUAUGCGGCCGCCGAGGGAAUGGAGGGGAACCAACGGAAGGUUAUUGUGGAGAGGCUGGAGCCGGUGAAAGCCAGGAACCCGGUUUUCACUUGCUGGUGA